AAAAAUCAAUUACUACAUAUUCAAACAUGUUGAAUAAAAUACCAAGUCUCCUUUACAUUUUGAGUAUCAAUGUCAUGAUCAUUUCGUUACAUGGACACUCAAAUUAUGGCAGCUUUAAUAACAAUGAUAGUGGCGAAUCAAAAUUAUCAAAAUUACGAGAACCAGCUAUUAAUAUGAAGAACUUAUUGACGCAAAACCAACAUUAUUCAAAUCAAGAAAUAUUGAAUACAAUAGCGCAAUUCAAAGAUACAUACGAUUUUAUAAUAAUUGGUGCUGGUACGGCCGGUGCUACAAUAGCAGCGAGACUGAGCGAAAUUUUUAAAAACAAAAUAUUGCUGAUCGAAGCCGGAUCUCGUGAAAACUUUUACAUGGACAUUCCCAUAAUCAAUCAAUUUCUAUAUUCGGACAAUAAUAUCAACUGGAAUUACGAAACUAAACCGUCCAACAGAUACUGUCGUGGCACGAAUGGUAAUAGAUGUCUUUGGCCAAGGGGAAAAGUAGUUGGUGGCAGCAGUACUAUAAACGGUAUGAUAGCUACUAGAGGAGGAGCUGAGGAUUACGAUCGUUGGGCAGAUAUGGGGAAUGAUGGCUGGGCAUAUAAAGACAUUCUUAAGUAUUUUAAAAAAUUGGAAACAAUGAAUAUUCCGGAGCUGAAGUCGGACACUAUUUAUCAUGGUACUGACGGACCAGUACAUAUCACUUCUCCGUCAUAUCAAACACCAUUAGCAGAGGCCUUUCUAAAA